AUGCCUUCUGAUGAUAAUUUUAGAUACAUGUCUAAUAGCAACAUAUCAGAACAUAUGCAAGUUGAUGAAAACACUAUUCAACCUCAGCAGAAAAGAUCUAUAGAGGAAUUAAAUGUUUCACAACCCCAAACCUUUAAUAAACAUAUGACUUUAGACAACUUGUCUCAAGACUUUAACAAAACUGCAACUUUCCCAACUGACAUGCAUGUCAAAUCUUCAACCAAGAACCAAUUCUUUGAUUCAACUAAGAGUGAGGCAAAUGCUGACUUAACUUCUAAUUUAAUUGCUAAGAAUACAUCUUUAGAGUCAAAUGAAGCAGAAUUUAUACUAGUUAUCUCUAAAAAUAAAAGAAAUAAGGACAAAAAGAAAGAUUAG